UCCUGAUGCAGAGAUGCUGCAGUGGCUCGGGGCGCGCACACACAUACGCACCCUCGCCCGCUGCCGCCACGCCAGGACAGCCAGUGGCUAAGGCCGGCGGGGCCAAGCAACCCUGAGGCUGGCGGCAGGGUCUGCUCACCAGGCGGCUGCAGCACUGCCCCCAGCCAACACCCUUUCCGCACUCUAGGUGCGGCUCAGUCUCCGGUUGACUCUCCUGGAGCCGGCCUGUGGCUCCUCUCUUCUGGACUCUGCCUCUGCUUGAAAUAGCCACCAUGGGGACACCGGCCAGGGAAAAGCCAAGCUUGCCGCUGCUAGUGCUGGUCACAGUGUCCCUGGUCUCCUCUCCAGGAUGGAGUUUUGCCCAGGGAACCCCAGCUACCUUUGGGCCCGUCUUUGAGGAGCAACCUGUUGGCCUGCUAUUCCCAGAGGAGUCUGCAGAAGAUCAGGUGACACUGGCGUGCCGUGCCCGAGCUAGCCCUCCAGCCACCUAUAGGUGGAAGAUGAACGGCACAGAUAUGAACCUGGAACCUGGCUCCCGCCACCAGCUGAUGGGGGGCAACCUGGUCAUCAUGAGCCCCACCAAGGCACAGGAUGCUGGGGUCUACCAGUGCCUAGCCUCCAACCCAGUCGGCACGGUUGUCAGCAAGGAGGCUGUCCUCCGCUUCGGCUUUCUACAGGAAUUCUCCAAGGAGGAGAGAGACCCUGUGAAAACCCAUGAGGGCUGGGGGGUGAUGCUGCCCUGUAACCCACCUGCCCACUACCCAGGUUUGUCCUACCGCUGGCUCCUCAAUGAGUUCCCCAACUUCAUCCCGACGGAUGGCCGUCACUUCGUGUCCCAGACCACGGGGAACCUGUACAUCGCCCGGACCAACGCCUCAGACCUGGGCAACUACUCCUGUCUGGCCACCAGCCACAUGGACUUCUCCACCAAGAGUGUCUUUAGCAAAUUCGCGCAGCUCAACCUGGCUGCGGAAGACCCCCGGCUCUUCGCUCCCAGUAUCAAAGCCCGUUUUCCCCCAGAGACCUACGCACUGGUUGGGCAGCAGGUCACCCUGGAGUGCUUUGCCUUUGGGAACCCUGUUCCCAGGAUCAAGUGGCGCAAGGUGGACGGUUCCCUGUCCCCUCAGUGGACCACAGCAGAGCCUACCCUGCAGAUCCCCAGCGUGAGCUUUGAAGAUGAGGGGACCUAUGAAUGUGAGGCGGAGAACUCCAAGGGCCGUGACACCGUCCAGGGACGCAUCAUUGUGCAAGCUCAGCCUGAGUGGCUAAAGGUGAUCUCAGACACAGAAGCCGACAUUGGCUCCAACUUACGUUGGGGCUGUGCAGCUGCAGGCAAACCCCGGCCCAUGGUGCGCUGGCUGAGAAACGGGGAGCCUCUGGCCUCCCAGAACCGGGUGGAGGUCUUGGCUGGGGACCUGCGAUUCUCUAAGCUGAGCCUGGAGGACUCUGGCAUGUACCAGUGUGUGGCAGAAAACAAGCAUGGCACCAUUUAUGCCAGUGCUGAGCUGGCUGUACAAGCUCUGGCCCCAGACUUCAGGCAGAACCCCGUGAGGCGGCUGAUCCCUGCAGCCCGAGGGGGAGAGAUCAGCAUCCCGUGCCAGCCUCGUGCAGCUCCGAAAGCUACGAUACUUUGGAGCAAGGGUACUGAGAUUUUGGGGAACAGUACCAGAGUGACUGUCACUUUGGAUGGCACCUUGAUUAUCAGAAACAUCAGUCGAUCGGAUGAAGGCAAAUACACCUGCUUUGCUGAGAAUUUCAUGGGCAAAGCCAACAGUACCGGGAUCCUGUCCGUGCGAGAUGCGACCAAGAUCACUCUAGCUCCUUCGAGCGCUGACAUCAAUGUGGGUGAUAACCUGACCCUACAGUGCCAUGCCUCGCAUGACCCCACGAUGGACCUCACAUUCACCUGGACCCUGGAUGAUUUCCCUAUUGACUUUGACAAGCCUGGAGGUCACUACCGGAGAGCCAGUGCGAAGGAGACCAUUGGGGACCUGACUAUCCUGAAUGCCCAGCUACGCCACGGAGGGAAGUACACAUGCAUGGCCCAGACAGUGGUGGAUGGCGCAUCCAAGGAGGCCACAGUUCUGGUCCGAGGUCCCCCAGGUCCCCCAGGGGGUGUGGUUGUGAGAGACAUUGGAGACACCACUGUUCAGCUUAGCUGGAGUCGUGGCUUUGACAAUCACAGCCCCAUUGCCAAGUACACGCUGCAGGCUCGGACUCCACCCUCAGGGAAAUGGAAGCAGGUUCGGACCAAUCCUGUGAAUAUCGAGGGCAAUGCCGAGACUGCCCAGGUGCUGGGUCUCAUGCCUUGGAUGGACUAUGAGUUUCGGGUUUCGGCUAGCAACAUCUUGGGCACUGGGGAGCCCAGCGGCCCGUCUAGCAGAAUCCGCACUAAAGAAGCAGUCCCCUCAGUGGCACCGUCGGGACUCAGUGGAGGGGGAGGAGCCCCUGGAGAGCUCAUCAUCAACUGGACUCCCAUGUCACGGGAGUACCAGAAUGGAGACGGCUUCGGCUACCUGCUGUCCUUCCGCAGGCAAGGCAGCUCCAGUUGGCAGACCGCCCGGGUGCCUGGCGCUGAUGCCCAGUAUUAUGUCUACAGCAAUGACAGCAUCCAUCCCUACACACCCUUUGAGGUCAAGAUCCGAAGCUACAAUCGCCGGGGGGAUGGGCCCGAGAGCCUCACUGCGAUAGUGUACUCAGCCGAGGAAGAGCCCAAGGUGGCCCCUGCCAAGGUCUGGGCCAAGGGGUCCUCAUCCUCAGAGAUGACCGUGAGCUGGGAGCCUGUGCUACAAGACGUGAACGGCAUUCUCCUGGGGUAUGAGAUUCGCUACUGGAAGGCCGGGGACAAAGAAGCAGCCGCUGACCGAGUGAGAACGGCGGGGCUAGACGCCAGUGCCCAAGUCACCGGCCUGCACCCCAACACAAAGUACCACAUAACCGUGAGGGCCUACAACCGAGCCGGCACGGGACCGGCCAGCCCUGCAGCCGAUGCCAUGACCACGAAGCCCCCACCACGGCGGCCUCCUGGCAACAUCUCCUGGACUUUCUCAAGCUCCAGUCUCAGCCUUAAGUGGGACCCUGUGGUUCCCCUCCGAAAUGAAUCUACAGUCACCGGCUAUAAGAUGCUGUAUCAGAACGACUUGCACCCAACUCCUACGCUCCACCUCACCAACAAGAAUUGGAUAGAAAUCCCAGUACCUGAAGACAUUGGCCACGCUCUGGUACAGAUUCGAACCACUGGGCCGGGAGGGGAUGGGAUCCCAGCAGAAGUCCACAUUGUGAGAAAUGGAGGCACAAGCAUGAUGGUGGAGAGCGCAGCCGUCCGCCCUGCCCAUCCUGGCCCAUUGUUCUCCUGCAUGGUGAUACUGAUGCUUGUCGGCUGCCAGAAGCUCUGAUCUCAACACUGCCUGCCACACCCAAGCUGGACACCCACCCUAGCAGACACAGCAGCUGGCCACAGCCCCCCUCCAACGCCAAGGUGGUCGACACUGUGCCUGAGAGUGGUUGGCUUAGACACCUACUCCCAACAGUACCCUUUAUGUAGGAGGUAGGAUAUUUCUAUUCUGCCACAGGAUAGAUCCAUCCAAGGAAUUUUUCUUUAAAUCAAGAGGCACUGGGCAGUGACUUCCAUGAUAAUGCUAGGCCUAAUGCAUGGACCCUUUGGGGUCCUGGACAGAAGGAACAGGCCUUUGGAUAGAAGGUAUUUAACACACAUCUUCAGAUCAAGUGGAUGGUCCUUUGGGGCCACAAGUGGGCACUGCCAUCUGAGAUCAGAGUCCCAGGCCCAUCAGGAACAUGGGCAGCAGUGGGCUAUCAAUUUCCUUCUAUGAAGCAGAGGACCUCUUCUAGUCCCCGAUGGAGAAGCACCACAGUUGGUCCCGGCGGGGUCUUCCAUGGCUCCCUGGCAAUCCUGCUUGCUCCGUAGCCAAGAACAAGGCCCUGGGUUACUGGGGAUAAGAGCUCCAAAGGGUUGAGAGGCUACACUACCUGAUAGAAAGGGACACCCGUCUAAGGUCCAUCCACUCUCCUGGUGGCACUGCCCUCUCAGCCAGCACUGCCAACCCAACCCUGUCACCUUCCGGAUGGAAUGGCGAAGUGACAGGGCCACUUCAGGUGGCUAUGUGACUCAAGGGCUUGUCUCGAGGAGUUGCCUUGCCUCAUCAAGAUGCUUCCUCCAUGGGGAUGGGCAGGGGAUGGCCAUCUGAAUGCCGCUCCUUCCCUUCCGCUCCGCCACAGGCUUGUGCCUGCCUCCACCUCUCGUAACUGCAGGCCCUGGAAACCAGCUCUCAACACAGCGUCCACUUUGUUCUGGGAUGGAGAGGCACCUGAGAAGGGCCAGCAUCAAUGUGACCCUGCCUGCUUCCAGGAAUACCCUCCAUCAGCUGGCCACACCCAGACUGCCUGGACUACUCUCUUGAGUCCCCAGAAGAAAAAAGGGGUUAAUAAGUGGAGAGGGGAGCAGCCUGCCUUGAGCUCUGGGUACCAGCGACAGACCAGACUCCAGGAGCUGAAGAGGCCUUAUAGCUUGACUUAUCCAUACUCUGCACUUAACGGAUGGGGAAAUGGAGGUCCGGGAAAGGUUAGGGACUUCUUAGGGUCACAUGGUCUGUAAGUGACAAGGCUUAGUCAAGCACCAGCGUCUCCUCCCCUACCUGUUGGGAGGCUCUGUGGAGGAGAGUGGUGUGGUGCUGAGCCGUCACAGCCUGGUCUCUAGGAUGGUCUCUAAAGGAUGAGCCCUCUGCUUCAAGAGGUUCGGGAUGCUGAGACUGACAUGGAGGGGCGGGGCUGGAGACAGGCAGAUUCCAGGAGUCCUCGGCCUGAGGCAGGCUUCGGCUGGGAAUCCAGCCGGCUGGAAGCCUCCCGGGUUCUCUCACCAUUUCAAGAGGCCAAAGCAAGAACAGAGGUCCCUAGACCAGAACCCUGUGGCAGCCCAGCCAGAAAACCCCAGUGUCCACGCCCUUGGCCCACAAGAGCAGCAGAGCAGGUGUUUCGAGAGGCGCUUGCCCUGCUGUUCCUUGGGCCAUUUCUGUAGUUUACAGUUAGAGCUCUAUUUUGUUAUGGGUUUUUAAACUUGAAGCCCUGCUCUGUUUUUCUGGGCGGGUUUACGUUAGUAUUUACCCACUACAAUUUUUUUAAUGACGUACAAGUGCAUACCUUUUCCCUACCUUUUCCCUAGCUAGGGACUGCUUUCCUGGAGCUGAUCAAACCCACCCUCUUCUGCCCCCAGCACCUCACAUACAAGGGUGCUAGGGGCUCAGCCAUGUGCUCACUCUCCCUUAUGUGGACCCCAGAGUUGGUCCAGCACCUCUCCCCAUCCAUGCUGGCUGGGAUUUGGCUCCGGCCCAGCCCUGGAAAACCAUAGCUAGCCCUAGAAAGGGGUACCUGUAAGCUUCCAAGGUUUACCUCUUUCUCACUGCCUCGGGCUUCAGGAGGGUGCUAGAGAAAUGGGUAUCUAGUGUCUGGGCAGGGUGAGCUGGUUUGGCACCAGGCCUUGUUAGGGAGGCGGGAGGCUGCGACCCCGAAGCUUUUCUUCUAACGAGGUCGGUGACAAGCAGGCAAACUGCUGGGAGACCCCAGGAGAGGAAAGCCUUAGCCCUGGGCAGGUAGCAUUUGUCGCGAGGAGGCGGAGCCGUGCUGGCAGCUUGGGGCUUCAAGUAGAGUGUUAGCUAAGGUGUAAGGAGACUACAGGUGACCGGCUUGAAAAUGACAAACAAAAGCCUCUUACUGAGGAAUCGUGGACCUUGACUGGCUCGGGAGGGAGGGCUAGAUCAAAUGGCUUCUCAGAGUCCCUUCCUGGCCAAGGGCCUUCUUGACUUCUGUACAGGCUGGCGAAGCUGUUGGACUGGCCCCUGCUAUGGUCCUGACAGAUUCCAUCCAUUGACGAUAGAGGUGAAAGGGACAGCCACAAGCAGGCAUUCAGUCUAGGCUUAACAGGCAAGAAAUGGCCCGAGGGUAGGAACAAAGCCGCCAAUAAAUAUCUCUUAAGGGAUUGGGAGGUGCCCUCUGCUUUGUCCAUACAAGGACGCAGGCCACCGCCCUGAGCUAUUUGCUCUUUGCCCUCUGAUGGUACAAAUGAGUGGUUCUGCCAUCCAGGGCAGCAGGAGACCCAGACAGUAGGGGAGUCUGGGGGUGAUGGGGCAGGGAUGAGAAUCUGGACCACGAACAGGACAUAAGGAAGCCAGGGUCAGGGAAGCCUUCAGGAAUAAGGGAGGGGCUUCUUUUGGGUAACCUUUAAAGUAUUUCGCGUUCUUUCGGAUCUUGGUUGGGUGGAGUCCUGACUUGAAGACGGGGAGAUGCUGAGUCCUUCCAGAGCUGAGAUCUUAGAAUCAACAUGCCUAGCACAGGGAAGCCAUAGAGGUACCGCCUACAGCUUAGUUAAAAAGCCAUCAGUGGGAAUGAUCCCCAGAACAGUCCUUACAAAGUAGUGCCUUCCCCGAUGCCAUCCCAGCCUGUUCUCUAGCCGAGAGCUCAGUGCGGCCAGCCAAGCUAUCCUUCCCUCCUGCCCUCCCCUGCAACAGAGGCACCUUUUCUUCUCCUAGUUGUCCAGUAGCCAACAGGGCUCCUGCAAGCCAGGGGGACGGCAGUGUCCUCACACCUGUUACGAGUUCAAAUGUGGUGUAUGGUCUCAGUAGGUGAGACCAUGGCUUGUCAGGGAGUCCCCAAGUGGAAGUAAGAGGGACCCUGAAGGACUUCAAGAAGCUCUCUGGAAAAGUGCUGGUAGUUAGGGGUGGAGUGUGCCUCUUGAGCCUGUAUAAGUCGUCCCAGGCUUUGGGAAAGCAGGGCACUAAAGAGAGAGAGAGAGACAGAGACAGAGACAGAGGAAGGAGGAGAGGGAGGAGGAGGAGGAUCAAACAGCUCUGUCCAGAGAGAGGCCCAGGGCCCUUAGUUUCUGUAGAGGACACACAACCUGCCUUGGCACCAGAUACCUCCAACUUAGCUCCACGGCGGAGCCCACAUAGCUCUGAGCUCGGGGCUCCAUUGGACCACUGAUGACCAUUCUUGUUUAAAUGCAGUUCCUCCACCCCAGCCCACUGUUCGCUCUUGUAGUGGUUAUUUAUUGACUCUGGUAGCAAGCCGUUCUUAA